AUGACUCAGUUCCAGCCUCGCAUGCUGAUCAACGGCCAGUUGGUCGAAGCCUCUGACAAAGCCACUUUUCCCCUUUUCAAUCCUGCGACACGCGAGAAGGUGGCCGAUGUCCCGGAAGCCACCGAAGACGACGUCAACGCCGCCGUCGCCGCCGCAAAGGCCGCCUUCCCAGCAUGGUCCGCUCUCGACCCCGCCAAGCGUGGCUCCUACCUCAAGAAGCUCGCCGCCCUCAUCCGUCAACACAACGAUGAGCUGGCCCACCUCGAGGCGAGCUCCAUGGGCCGCCCCGUGACGGAGUACAUUGACGGGUUCGCUGCCGCGGGCCACUACGACCACUACUCCGAGGCGUGGGCGCAGAUCCAGGGCCAGGCGAGCUUGAACACUCCGGGUUACGUGAACAUGACGCUGAGGCAGCCGUACGGUGUCGUCGGUGCCAUCAUCCCAUGGAACGUGCCGCUUGUUUUCUUUGCUGGGAAAUCGGCGCCUGCGUUGAUUACGGGGAAUACUGUGGUUCUUAAGUCGAGUGAGAAGGCGCCCCUCGCGUCGGCCAAGCUUGCCGAGCUCAUUCACGAGGCUGGGUUUCCCCCGGGCGUCUUCAACGUCAUCUCGGGUCAUGGGCUUCCCUCGGGUGCAGCGCUAUCGGCGCACAUGGACGUCCGCGUACUCACCUUUACCGGCUCUGGCCGUACCGGUCGCCUGAUCCAAGAGGUCGCCGCGAAGACGAACCUGAAGAAGGUCAUCCUCGAGCUCGGCGGUAAGUCGCCCGCCAUCAUCUUCGACGACGCAAACCUCGAUAGGGCCGUCGCCGAGACGAUGCAUUCCAUCCAGUGGAACAGCGGCCAAGUCUGCAUGGCCAACUCGCGCAUCUACGUGCAGGAGAACAUUGCUUCGCAGUUUGUUGAGGUCUUCAAGCAGAAGUUUUCCGCCGUCAAGGCUGGCAACCCUAUCGAGAAGGAUGUCAAACAUGGGCCUCAGGCCGAUGAGAUUCAGUACAAGAACGUGCUGAGCUUCAUUGAGGAGGGCAAGAAGUCCGGGUCGCUUGCGCUUGGCGGUAAGGGGAACCUCGAGUCGACGGGUGGUUUCUUCGUUGAGCCUACCGUGUUCCUCGAGACGCCGGAGGAUGCGCGCAUCAUGAAGGAGGAGGUCUUUGGUCCUGUCGUCAAUAUUAACACUUUUAAGACGGAAGAGGAAGCUAUCAAGAAGGCCAACGACACCCAUUACGGGUUGUAUGCUUCCGUUUACACCAAGAACAUCGACAGGGCUCUCAGGGUGGCCAAGGCUCUCGAGUCUGGCUACGUCGGCGUCAACUCUACCAGUCCUGCGACCGGGCGAGAUCUGCCGUUCGGAGGGUACAAGAUGUCGGGUCAAGGAAGAGAGGGGUGGCUCCAUAGCAUGGACAACUUCCUUGAGACCAAGAGUGUUAUGAUCAGGAUUGAGGAUGCGUAA